ACAGGAGCUAAUUACACCUGCUGUGUUUGAUUGGAUUGUAAUGCUAAGGGUAGCAUGCUUUUGUUAUGGCCUUUUAUAAUAAAAAGGCCUCUAAAGAACUGUGAUCUUUAAGUCUGUGUGCGAGAACAGUGAGGAUGGAUGUUUCUCCUGAAACCAAACUUAACAAGCAGUCAACAUUCAGUUACAACAGUUUUUCUGGUUCAUCUCGAUUGACUGAUGGCUCGAGUGACUUCACCUGUGACUUGAAUGAAAACCAUGACCUCAAGCAUCUACCAAAAGGCGUCAGUCUGAAACAGCUGGAUUCUGGUAGUCCAGAUUUGUUAGACCGAAGCCCUACCAGGCUCAGACGAGAGACAGACGAGAACUGCUCCAGUCGGGACACACUCACACGUGUCUAUGCUCUGUCUAUCACCUUUGCUGUUGGAGUGACUAUUGCUUUGAGCCUGCAUAUUUACCUGGAGGGAAGUCUGGUGUUUGUAAAAGGUGUGGUAGUGUCAGACCAUGAGCGCUGCACUGCACUCGGCCAGAGAGUCCUUCAAGACCGUGGAUCCAGCGUGGAUGCAGCCAUCACAGCUGCACUGUGUUUGGGGGUUGUGCAUCCACAUGCAUCAGGUGUUGGUGGAGGUGGGGUGAUGCUGGUUCACGAUGUCCAUAAGAAUGAAACCAGGGUGAUUAAUUUUCAGGGAACUGCACCCAAAACCCUUAAAGAGGAAAUGCUGCAAAAUGAUUCAAAACUGAAGGCUGGUCUGCAAGUGGGAGUGCCAGGUCUGCUCAGAGGGUUACACCAUGCUCACAGCUUGUAUGGGAGUCUGUCGUGGGAGGAUGUGGUCACCAGAGCCGCUGCUGUUGCCAAAGAAGGUUUCAAUGUUUCUUUCAGUCUUGCUGAGGCUAUAUUAAAAGUCAAAGGUGAGCAGCUGUCGCAGCGCUUCAGAGACAUGUUCCUCCCAGAUGGUCGAGCUCUGCUGCCUGGUUCUAUACUGAGGAUGUCCAGCCUGGCUGCGGUCCUUGAGGCUGGACUGUCCGACUUCUAUGAUGGGAACAUUUCUCAAGAGAUAGAGGAGGAGGUGAGAACUAAUGGAGGUGUUCUGAGCAGAAAAGACAUCAGCGACUACAGUGUACAAGUGGAGCAGCCAGUGGAAUGCCUGUACAAUGAAUCUAUAAUUCAAGUUCCUCCUCCUCAGUCUGCUGGUGAAGCGUUCAUAUCAGCACUCGACCUUUUGGAGGGUCUAUAUCUCAACAAUCAAACACAUCACUGGGAUACCGAGGCUCUGAAAGUAGCUUUGGCUUUGGCCAGUGGUUUGGGUGACCGUAAAUAUAACUCUUCAGUUGCUGAGCUGUUCUCUGACAUGCUGAGUAAGAGUCAACUAGAAGUGCUCCACCACAGCCUCAAUUCCUCCAAUACCUCUCCACCCGACUCCGCUGUCCACUCCUUACAGACAGGGCCGAUGGCUGGACAAGUAGUGGUCAUGGGGCCAGACGGCCUCGUGGUGUCAUUUGCAAGUUCCUUGAGCACGCCAUUUGGGUGCGGAAUCAUAACACGGUCAGGCGUUAUUCUAAACAGCCUCAUCCUUGACUUCUCCUGGCCAAAUAAAACCAGAGGACACCUCUUUACCAAGCAGAGAGUCCAUCCAGGAAAGAGGCCCUUGUCAUCUCUCAUGCCUACCAUAGUCGUACCAGCAUGGCAUAAAUGUGGGCUCUAUCUGGCACUAAGCAGUUCAGGUGGAACACAAAGUUUGAUCACCCAGGUGUUGAUCAGUGCCCUGUCCAUCCAUAAAGAGAAAAAUGACAGCCUCUCCCUGAGAAGACUCCAACCCCAGCCAAACAGACUUCCUGUUGACUCUGAGUUUCCAGAAGAGAGUGUGCAGUCUGUUGUCCAGGGGAUCCUGAGGAGCAACGAUGUCAUAACAGCCAUCACUUUACCUCGGUUAUCUGAUAGCUUCUUAUAGUUUUAUUGUCCUCGUGAACUUUCUUUUCUGUCUUCCAAGAGCACAUUAUGAUAUGGAAUUAUCUGGAUAAGCUGCACUGUUUAAUGUAAGUUUGUAGUUGUUCUCCAGUGUUUGAUAUUCUCAUGUUGUUGUGAUCCCUGGCCAACAGAGGGCAGUCCUCCAACAAGUAUUUUGUAUUAAAGAGGGCAAUACGGUCUCUUCUUAAGGACUGUUUUAAAGCUGAAUAAAUGAAUAACCUCACCCUAA